AUGCGUAUUUUCGAAGAUCGACCGGCAACAAUGAUGCACCACGAGUUGACUUCGAAGAAGAUGGAUUACUCGCACUGCCCGCUCAAGAAACGUCCCGUGCACUUUGUCAAAUGCGAGUACAUCAAAGACGAGAUGGAUUUCGACAACGCGGACGAAUGUUUGGAACCGGAAAACCUGAGCACUAAACCGCAAGAUCUGAGCGUGAAAAUCAAAUCGGAACCGAUCGCGUCGGUGGUGGUGAAAAAAGAAUCGCCUCCGCACGAAAACGCCGAGGCGCCUAUGCAGCCGUCGUCGUCUCCGUACUACAUCCCAAACCCACAACAACAACAACAGCAACAGGAGCAGCUACAGCAGCACCAACACCAACAGCAAAUGCGGCAGCAAGAACAACAGCAUCACCACCGCGUCGCAAUGCAACAGCAACAACCGUUCCAGCCGACGGCCGUCAAGGCUGCGGGCCCGCUGGAACCGCUGUGCCUGAACAUCGCGGGCGACCACCACCCGGCCGCCGCGCAGGCCGCGGUCGCGACGUACCAUCACCACGCACACCGGCAAUACGCGCCGGCCAUAGCGCCGAGGCCCGUGCCCGCCCAGUACCCGAGUACCGGUUACCUGUCCGGUUACAUGUACCAGCACGGCGGCAGCGCGAUGUUGGUCGCGGACAGAGCGUACCCCGUGCCCGCGGCGGUCCCGUACCCGCCCGCCAUGAUGGCCGUCGCCAGAGACGCUUCGCUGUCGCCGCCCGGCACCGCGGGCCGCACCGGUUCCGCCUUCAAGCCGCUCAUGCAGCUCACGUCGCCCGGCGGCGCGGUCACGCCGAUGCGCAGCCCGCCCGCGGCCUUGCCGCUCAGUUGGUUCGGGCGUACCGCGGUCAGCGGUUGGUCGCCGACGUCCGUGGAAGCCAUGGACGCGUCGCCGCCACUGCCCACGCCGUCGUCUGCGUCGUCGGCUUCGGCCAUAUCGCCGAGCUACCAGCACCAGCACCAGCAGACGGCGCCGGCGCCACAACAGCAGUACCAACUGCACUUGUACUCGGGCGAGAGCGACGCGACGACCACCGCGUCGUCGUCGUCCGUCGGCGGCGGAGGAGACGCGAUGGCGGCGGCCGUCAAGCGCAAGUCGUCCAGCGUGGUGGUCGCGGCCCGGUACAAGUGCGCCGCGUGCGCGAAGACGUACUCGACCGUGUCCGGGCUGACCAAGCACCAGCAGUACCACUGCGCGGACGACGAGGCGCAGUGCGCCGCGGCCAAGACGUUCCGGUGCAAGUACUGCGACAAGGCGUACAACACGCUCGGCGCGCUCAAGAUGCACAUCCGCACGCACACGCUGCCGUGCAUCUGCAAGCUGUGCGGCAAGGCGUUCAGCCGGCCGUGGCUGCUGCAGGGCCACAUCCGCACGCACACCGGCGAGAAGCCGUUCUCGUGCCAGCACUGCAACCGGGCGUUCGCCGACCGGUCCAACUUGCGCGCGCACCUGCAGACCCACUCGGACGUGAAGAAGUACUCGUGCCCGACGUGCAGCAAGACGUUCAGUCGCAUGUCGCUGCUCACCAAGCACUGCGACACCGGAUGUCCCCGACUGUUGCCCCAACACCAGCAGCAGCAGCAGCAACAGCAACAGCAGCAACAGCAACAGACGGUUUAG